UAUAAGUAAUAAAUAAAUUUGACUAUUUUUCAGAUAAAUAUAAGAAGAAAAACAAUCAACAAAAAUAAAUAAAAUAUAUAAAAUCAUAAAAUACACCAUGAGCGAACAAACACCACUGUCGGCGGAGUACCCACUAACACUGCAAGCAGUCAAUUUCUUUGAAAAACUUAAGGAUGAAUUAUUAAAUGGCCCUCACCAUCAAUAUAUACGACGCAAUAGAAUUUGUGUAGGAUGCUUCGAGCGACAUGUCCGAGAAGCAAACAGAAAAAUGAGUAUACCAUUGAACCCAUAUUUAUUAAGCAGGGCAAUGAUACCCGUUACGGCGUUCAUUCACGCGGUAAUAGAUAAUCCAAACGCGGAGAGAUCUGUAUGCUUAGAAGUCGGGGAGAUAUUGGAGGAUGUCAUCGUUAGACGGAUCAUUUCUGUUGAUCACUUAUUCGAAAAAUAAAAAAAUAGAGCGUAAACAGGUAAAAAAAAAAACAUGUAAGAAUAAUUAUAGUUAUAUUUUAUUACAAUCGCAUUUUAUAAUUAUUAAAUCAUUCAAAAUUGUAUAUUUUGAUUCCAAAAUCAAUAUAAAAAUAUAAAAGCACAUGCGUUAUAUUAUAUCUAAUAUUUAUGAUUACAAAUUGUUAUUGAUUAUCAACGUAUUAUGUAAGCUAUCGAAACCUUUUCAUAAAACUAAUUGAUUAUUUUUA